AACCAAUCAGCACAGUCCUUUGAAAAGAAGUUUAGGAACAUUUUCAAUAUGGCGGAAAUUAGUAGACACAGUAUUUAGAUAAUGUCGUGGAAAGGUUUGGAGGGUGAAGAUUUGGUCCAGAAUCUGAGACAACUGGUUAUUAGUUUUGAACCUCAGAUAAGAGAGGCUGGGACUGUUGACCAAUCAGAAGAAGCAUUGUAUCAUCUAGAGGAAAAUGAUGAACAUUUCCAUAGACAUGAAUUUGUUAAGGUGUUAAGAAGAAAAAUAGAAGACAUUAUUGGUCCACUGGCAGAAGAAGAAAUAGAAAGAUUUGAGUCUAGUAUACAUGAUUCCAAUGGACAAGAGACGCUCAUCAACAAAAUCACAGAUAAAAUACUUCACUCACGACAUUAUAAUGACCUGUCAAAGAAGUUACGGGGUAAUGUUCAGGGUGCUGUUGAUGAAUUGAUAAGGAACUUUGAUGCUGAGUUUGGUGGUAAUAGUCAUCAUGAGACUACAGAUCAUCCAAUACGAAGGUCAUACAUGAGUGAUGAAGAUGAUGAAUCUUGUGGCAGUUCUUUUGGUCAGGGUAUGUUUUUCAACAACCAUGAAAUAAUGCAGCAAGUGGCAGAGAAGAUGAGUCGCCACAGAGAUAAUGUGGUACGAGUAGAAGCAUUGCAGACUCUGAAUCAGAACUUGCCAGCAGACUUCAUCAGCAGUGAUCAUUGGCCAACAAUGAAACGUCAUCUCAUAGACGCUCUGGAUGAAUCCAAUGUACAAAUUAUGCAUUUGAGUACCAAAUUUAUUACAAGAGCUUUCACCAACACAUCACCACAGACGAGAGAAGUCUAUACAUUAUUAGUUGAAUUCUUGAUUUCCCAGUUCAAUGCAAAGAAGGGAAACAACAUACCAAAUAUAAAAAGUGGAUUAGACUUCACAAAUCCUGAAAAUGUCAAAUUAAUGAAAGCUUUCCGUUUAUUAAAUGAGUUCCAACAAGAAACCAUAAACUAUUGGAUAAGAUAUCCUGACAGAUAUUUGGAAGAGAUAAUUGAGAGUACAUUAACUUUAUAUGCUAUAAAUCAGAAUGGGAGCCAAGGUGGAUCUUCACUUCAGUUAUCACCCGUACAUUUUAUAGCAUUAAUAGAUCCAAAGGCACAAUGGUUUAUCAAAUGGAUGCAUGGAAACUACAGUAGACAAUGUCUUCUUAGAAUGUUGGAGAAAUAUAGACCAAUAGUAACUAAUGCCAUAAGACAUUGCUUGGAGUUCUCAUUACAUAGAAAACAUUCUGCAGACUUGACAGAUAGAUCUGAAGCCAGGGCAAUAGAUAACAGAAGAAGUUAUUACACAGAAGCUGAGCUUGAGUAUGCUUUCUUUGUUCACUCUGCCUUUAUGCUUGGUAGGAUGAUGUGUUUUGUGAAUGGAAGGAGGUUUUUCCCUAUCAAAUUAAAGGAAGCAGAUGAAACAGUAACAGUGACUAAAUUACUGGUAUCUAUGGUUGUAGUGCUGGUUGAUCCAUCUCCAUCUAAACAUUUAUCAGUUGUAUAUGAACCAGGGAAUUUAGUGACCGAGAUCGUAAAGGGAAUAUGUACUUCAGAGCAAGUGUGUGAGAUAUGUAUGUAUAAAGAUGAGAUUGUCACAGCUCUACUAGCUCCUGUAUCACAUUACUUGGAACCAAAGAAGCAUAACUAUGCACCUAGUGAGAACACAAUGUUACAUGUGGCUGAUCUGUUUGCCAUGGUUGCAUCAAGUACUAGGGGCAGACGACACUUGAUGUAUGGCGAAAGGAAAGAUAUGUUUACUAAACCAAAUGCAUCGUCUGCUGCCCAUGUGAUAGCUAGGUUUACAAAGAGGGCAUUAUUAGACAAACUUCCAAAACAAUCCGGACCAAAGCCCUCCCAGGCUGUGAUUGGAGCAUUCCUAUAUAUCUGUAGACAGUUAUACAACACAUGUGAAGGAUUACUUGUACUGUACCAGUAUGACCUACAUAAAGUUGUAGCUGAAGCCUGGAGAGAGGCCUACUCUGAAGCAGAAAGAACAGCCACACCCACCAUGUCUGAUGAUAGUUCUGAUUCGACUGCAACUACAACUAAAGCAUAUGACAUCAAUGCCUGGGAGGACACUUUGAGAGAUAACUUACUGAACUUUGCUAGUACUGCCAAAGGAAUAUUGUUGUUACAACAAACCAAAGCUAUGAAUGAAUGUAUGACCUAUAUGUAUGAUAGAUAUAAAAACAAAUUACAGGUUAGCAAAUGUGAGAAGUUUGGUUAUGGUUUUAUGGUUACACAAGUAGCAGGGACUGCCCCUGGAAUGGUUGCUCUACAGAAAACAGGAUAUAUUAAAGCAUUGCUAUCCGAGCUGUGGUCAGUGAUAGAGUCGAGUCCAUUAGAUACAGUGUUAUUUACACCAAAGGCAUGGCCAGUCGAUCCCAUAGAAAGAUCAUCUCAUAAGAGUUUGAUAAAGUUGUUAAAUGUGUUAUCAAGCUUUCAUGCAGUGUAUGAAUUAUUGGGAGAUAAAACUUUACCAAAGAAAGAAAGUUACGGUUUUCGAGAAAUUCCUGAUUCAGUUGUGGAGUUUGUAGACAGAUUUGUGAUAGUAGACUCACCGGCAAAAAUCCAUUCAUUAUUUAAUUUUGAACAGUCUCAUGUGUUUGGUCUCAGAUGUCUUAGUGUGAUGAUUUCCUGUUUGGAUACAUAUCUCUUGCUGCAGUCACAGUAUAAGUUCCAGGAUGUACUGCUUACCUCACAGGCUGAAAAUCAUACCAAAGACAGAGAAGAGAUAAUAAUAGACAUGUUAUCUAUAGAAAGAAACUAUGUACUAGUCAGAGCAUUCUUAAUAGGGGGUCCUUCUGAAAGGAUUCUACCACCAAGAGGGUUAGAUAUGGACACUCGUGGACAUGUAUACCCUUAUCCAUUGAUAUCAUCAUAUCCAGUACCCAGAGCUUACAUUCCUAACCUGGGAGCUAGAUCUACAGUAAAACAAGAGUCCGAAUCAGAUGAAGCUUUGUUUGAUCUUCAAGAGAACGACCUGGUGAAGUUCCUUUCACUGAAGAAGCAUGACCAAGGGAAGAGUUGGCUAGACAAAUGUAGAGUUAACCUUAUCAAGAUUUUAUUAAACAGAGCAGAUUUAGUCAAAGGAAAUGUUAUCCAGCAGUUAUUAGAUGUAGCCACACCUAUCAUGUCAAAGAUACAGGAAGAGUCCAUCUUUCCCUCAGUAGAUUAUACAGGGUCUGAGAAUUCAUUGAAGUCAUUCCAAUUAACUCCAUUACAACAGCUUGGCAUUAAGAUUGCUAUCAGAUAUGGAAUCCAUCUGAAAGUGAUCCACACCUCCUCGGAUGUGACAGAGAAACUGACGUUACUAUUGAAACAAUGUGCUUUCUACCUACAACAACAACAGAGACCAGAACAGAGAGGGGGACAUGCUAAAAUCAAAUUUAUUAGUAACAGAUACCCAGGAUUUGACUGGUUUGCAGCAACUGUUUUCCUAAUAUUUAAUGGAAAUGUAGAGAAGUCGUGGCAUUUCUUACACAAGUUUUCCUGCCUAGGAUCAUCUGGUUAUCUAUGGCCACAUAGGCUUCAUUGUUCUGUUCACCUUCCCUCAGCAGUAAUGAUCAGUGGUAUAUCACCAAUGUUUUCUAGUACUGGACACAAUAUAGAACUUUUACUUCAAAUAGAGCUCCCAUUGGUAGCCUCAGCUUUUAAAAUGUCUGGUUAUACUGCAGCUCAGAUUUGUAUGCAUUGGUUAAAGCAAUGUUUCUGGAACUACCUUGAUUGGUUAGACAUUUGUCAUUAUAUAUGUUUAAGUAUAGUCAUGGGUGUAGAUUACCAAGUAUAUCUGUGUAUUGCCAUCCUAAGACAUCUACAGAAAGAAAUUAUGGAACACAUGCAAACACAGGAUCUUAUCAUAUUUUUAAAGGAAACAGCAAUUCAUGGUUUUCAUGUUGCUGACAAUAUAAAGUAUAUGCAGAGUUUAGAGAAAAGAUAUCGCAAGAUAGUCCUACCAGAUAUGAUGCAUGUUUCAACCCCUUGAGAGAAAAUACUGUGAUACCAGGAAAAGUUAUAGGCUACUGAACUUAAAAGAUAAAACUGUGAUAAAGAAAAGAUGGAAAUUGAGAAAAAUAUUGGUGGCUUCAUUUUUGUAAAUGUUGGAAACAGAAAUGACAUGAUAAUAUAUGUGUUUAGUAAAAAUGAAGUACACUUGAUAUUGAGCCAUAAUCAACCAAUUAUUUUUGACAAUGUAGAAACCAAACUUUAUUUUGUGCAUUCUGAUCAUAGAUCAAAGUGUUUUAUAACAUUCAGGAAUCUCAAAGAAACAUUGUACAUAUAGACAAAUAUUAUGAUUUUAAAAUUCAUAAAUAUUGUGCCAUUUUUCAAUUUAUUAGAAAUCAUGGGUAAUAGAGAAAAUGAAUCUAUGUUAGUUAAGAUUUGAAAUGUAUGUGAUUCUCAUUAAUUUAUCAUGUUCAAGACAUACAAAGUUAUGUUUAUCAAAUGUUGAAGUAAAUAUAGCGUAAUCCAAUGUCAAUUUUUAUCUAUCUUGAAAAAUCUGCAGAGUAUAUGUAUUUUUUUCUGCAUUACUUAUGUUAUAAAUAUAUUAAAUAAUCCUUUUCAGCAAUAUUCAUGUUGAUAUCACCUUCAUCUUUUCUAUGAUUGAUCUUUGUUAAGUAUGUAUUUAAAAAUAAACUCUAAUAUAAAAUGAUAUUUUACAAAUGUAGUGACCCCCUAAAAAAUUAAAUACAAAAUAUUGCUACAUACAUAUUAUUUUAACUUUUUAAAAGUAUGAUAUAGUCAAGCUUUGGGAAACAUAGUCUGGUCCCAGAUUAGGGGAUGAUUGAGCGCUCACAAGCAUGUUAAACCUUGCAAUCUUUCAUUUUAUGGCCUUUAUAUCAGACUAAAUGGUAAAGGUUUUCUCAUUGUUGAAGGUUGUAUUGCUGCCUAUAAUUGCUUACAUCCUCCUCAUUUGAACUUUGGAGGAGAGUUGUCUCAUUGGCCAUCAUACCACAUCUUCUUUUUUAUAUAGUGUAUGCUUUGUAAAAGUCAUUUUUAAAAUACCAUCAUGGGUUGAUUCAGCCAUUUUUAAAAGAGGGGGUGUGGGGGGUCCCAACCCUGGAGGAAAGGGAGGAUCCAACCAUAUGUCCCAAAUUAUAUGCAUUGAUCUUAAAAAAAAAAGGGGGGGCAAACCUCUGUAACCCCCACUCCCCCUGACCAUCUUUCAUUAUAUACUGGUUCGUAUUAAACAAUUAUUCAAAAAUCAUACUUUUUGCAAUCAUCUUGAAAAAAUUUCCUUAAAGUCUGAAUGUUUAACUAAAUGUUUAUAUUGCCAUCAUUUUUUAAACCGGUGGUGUACUAUUAUUUGUUGUUAUUGAAUUAAGUAGUUCACUUGCAUUAAUAUUUUGGUUUAAUUAUAUUGUUUGAACCAGUUUUGCAAAUUUUAUUGUAUAUCCAUCUUGAAAAGGUUAACUUUUACUGUAGUAUAUAGAUUGAAAAAAAAAAUAUAAUACAAGACAAUAAAAUGUUUUUGAUCAUAAAAUAUAGAUUUUAAUAAACAUUUUUUUUUUAAACCGUGAAAAUGUAAUAAAAAAUGUUACACAAAUUUCGAGCAUAUUUAUCAUAAAGGAAGAUAUUCCAAAUGUUUUAACAAAAUCUAGUUGAGUUUAUCUUUUGAAAAAAAAAUGUGCGUCCAAAGGAUAGAAAUGUCCAAAAAAACAAAAGAUUGAGUAAAUGUCUAAAACUUCCACCCCAUUUAUCUCUAACUUUAGAAGCUCAUGAAGGGGUUUUAUUUGUUACAUAUUCAGUUUGACUAGGUGAAAAAUAGCUGGUAUGCCAAUUUUCUUUUGAAAAUCACAAAGAGAUUAAACCUUUAUUGUAUACCGUUAAUUUAGAAUUGUGAUAGUGUGGAUGGAUAAUACAGUCAACAGUAACUGAAACUGAAAAUGAUUAGGGUCACAGUUUCAUUAAUACAUAUAGUAGUUUACCUUAAAAAAAAGUACAUUAUUUUCAAUUGUGACAAAGAAAUGUUAAAUUUAGACAAUUAAAGAGCUCCAUGUUCUGAUUAUCAAAUCUUAAAAGAUAUGUAUUUCUUUUCAACACAAGAUUGACGUAUCAUACAAAAUUCAAUUUACCGGUAAACAUACCAAGGGAUGUCUGGCAUUUUAUUUGCUUAAAAAACAUAUCUCAAAUAUGCAUUGAAUACAUCUCAUUUAAAUUUUUAUUUAUUUAUUAUUUGUUUAUAAUUUAUAAUAUGUAUUGUAUGUUUUUACAUUUUUCUUUCCUUUGAAAGAUUUUAUACAAAAGAAACAAAUAUAAUUUUUAUA